AUGGUUCCUGCAAUGGAGAGAGACGGAGGCUUGAGGAUUGAGUACGAGGUGUUCUUAAGCUUCAGAGGGGCUGACAGUCGCGAAACAUUCACUGAUUGCCUCCACGAAGGCAUGGAAGGUGCUGGGAUCCAUGUCUUCAGGGAUGAUGACGAGCUCCAAGUCGGGAACUAUGCGUCGAGCAAAUGGUGCCUCGUCGAGCUCACUAAGAUGGUUACAAUGGCAUCAAAGUCGGACAGCACGAAAGAGAUUCUCCCCAUUUAUCUUCACGUGAAUUCGGAUGAUGUCAAGCUCAAGACUCCGCUGUAUCAUGACGCAUUCGUACAGCACGAGAGGAACUUUGGAGCAGACCAAGUGAAGGUGUGGCGUGAUGCCCUCAUGGAGGUUGAGGAAAUAAAGCGAUGGAGCUUGAAAACUUAUACAGGCUAUGGCAAACUCAUUAAAGAGAUCGUCCAGGAGGUCCUGAUUAAGCUAAACGCCGGAUAUAAGAAUGUGACCGAACAUUUAGUCGAAGAUCAUGUUCAGAUUGAUGCGAUAAUGAAGCUGUUGGAGGUUGACUACAGUGGCAUGCGUUUUGUGGGAGUCCAUGGAAUAGGUGGUAUUGAUAAGACAACACUUGCAAAAGUCAUUUACAACAAAUUAUAUUCUCGUUUUGACUGCUACAGUUUCCUCGAAAAUGUCCAAGAGAUCUCCAGAAGAUCGGACGGUAUCAUCUACUUGCAGAAGCAACUGCUGUCAAGCAUCCUCCAUUCGACGCGCAGCAACAGUAUUUUUGUUUGUGACAAUGACCAAGGGAUUGGCAUGAUAAAGAAGGCACUUUGUGACAAGAAAAUCCUCAUUGUGCUCGAUGAUGUGGAAAAAAAGGAGCAGCUCGAAAAGCUAGUUGGGAAGAGCGAUUGGUUUGAAAACGGAAGCAAGGUCAUUAUAACAACUAGGAACAUGAGCGUCCUGACCGACCGGACGGAAAGAUUAGAGGUCGACGCUGUCCCAAAUCGACAUGAAGGAAUCUUGACAUAUGAAGUCAAGGAAAUGGGAUUCAGUCAAGCGCUUCAGCUAUUCUGCCGACAUUCCUUUAGAAGAGACUUUCCUACAGAAGAUUACAAUAUCCUAUCAAGACAGAUCAUCUUGAUUUUAGGGAAGCUGCCUUUGGCUAUCGAGGUGAUAGGGUCAUCGCUUUCUGGCGUUUCCACUGACAAGGCCUUAUGGGAAGAGACUCUGAAGAAGUUACAGAAAGUUCCUCCAAAGGAAGUCCAAGAGACGUUGAUGAUAAGUUACGAGGGAUUAGAACCAACACAGCGGAGAGUUUUUCUGGACAUCGCGUGCUUUUUCAUCAAAGAAAAUAAUAAAUAUCUGAUUUUCAUGUGGAGUGAUUGUGAAUUCUAUCCUCAUGACGCAAUUAGAGUCCUCCUUCUUAGGUCCUUGAUAAAUAUUGGAGAUGAUAAUAAGUUUUCAAUGCAUGACCAAGUUAGGGAUCUUGGAAGGCACAUUGUCUACGAAGAGAAUUGCAGAUUUCCUGGCAAGCGUAGCAGGGCAAGUGAAGAAAUAGAAGCACUGAGUCUGAGCUAUAAUGGUCAAAGUGAUGGUGGUGGCUAUACCUUCACUGAUGAAGAAUUACAGAGACUACGGAGUCUAAGCGAUGAAUUUUUGCCUAGUUAA